AUGUCUUCGUCGAUCAACAUUCCGGCAGGACCCUCGUCCUCGACUGGGCGAUACGGCCUCUCCGCCGAGACGGUCGGCAGCUCGUCCGACAGCUCCUACUCUAGCUCUCCAUCACACUCGUCCCCGUCUGCCUCUCCCAAGAGCAAGGCCAAGGGAAAGGGAAAGGAAACGGCCACGGCGCUCGAGAGCCGCCGUCCAAGCCUGCUCAGCUCGGCUUUUUCCAAGCAGGAGUGUACCGUUAUCAACAUCGGCUCACCCGAUGGCCCCCCACGACUCAUCUCGUAUCUGUCGUCCGCCCAAGGCUUCAUGUGGAACCCUGAAAUUUUCCUGCCGUCCUACAUCGACUGCGACUACGUUCCCCUGGAGAACCGACGAGACCCCGUACACGAGAUUCAUCUGACUGAUGAGGAGAUGAAGAACAUGCUUCCGCAAUGA